AUGGAUGGUGCCAUUGAACUUUUGCCUAAUGUAAAGAAUGAUCAUUUUUUAGAAAAUAAAAAUCUAAGAAAUGAAUAUAAUAAGUUAUAUAUGCAAAGGUACUAUCAUAUAAAUAACCAUACUACAAAUAAUGAUAACAUAUAUAAUAACAUAAUAUGUAAUAAUAAUAAUUAUAAUAUUAAUUAUAUUCACACAUGUAAUAGUAAUGUAUCUAAUCAUACUGUCCAUGGGUAUACUAGCCAAAGAAAGCUUUUUAAUAAAUAUAAAAUUUUGUUAAAUCUUCCAAGAAAUAUACUAUCAAAAAAAUAUUGGUCCAAUAACUCUAGUACUAGGUUUGAAAAGAAAAAUAUAAAAAAUAAAGAUUUCAAAUACAAGAAUAUUAAGAAUACCAUAAUUAAAGAUAAGGCAAAAAACUUCAUGUUGUCUUUAUUAAAUAAAAAUAUAUAUAAUAAUUUAUAUGAAGAAAAUAAAAUAAAACACUCUAAUGAAGAAAAAGUAAAGGGUCUAAAUGAAAAUUAUGACCCCAUAAACAAUUUAAAAAUAAGUAAUAAAAAUGAACAGCAAGAAAUUAAUGAACAGCAUAAAAAUGUUAUCAUCACAUAUAAAGAAACAAACAAAUGUGUAAACAAUGUAAAUGAAAAGGAUUUAAAUAGUAAUAAAGUUUACGAUAUUAUAUAUGAUAAUACAAAGGACCUAAAUAAUUUUGAAUUAAAGGAUAAAACAAAAAAUGGCAGAAUCGAUUUUGAUAUGCAAAACGUGCAAUUACGUAGUGCUGACAUAGAAGAGGGAGAGCGAGUAACCGACAAAAAUGAUGCGAAUGAUAAGAAUAGUAAUUAUUCUAAAGAAAAUGAAGAUAUAGGAGAUAAUACAAAUGAUGAUAAUAAUAAUAAUAAUAAUAGUAAUAAUAAUGAUAAUUAUAAUAAUGAUGAUGAUAAUAAUGAUGAUGAUAAUAAUGAUGAUGAUAAUAAUGAUGAUGAUAAUAAUGAUGAUGAUAAUAAUGAUGAUGAUAAUAAUGAUGAUGAUAAUAAUGAUGAUGAUAAUAAUGAUGAUGAUAAUAAUGAUGAUGAUAAUAAUAAUGAUGAUAAUAAUGAUGACAAUAAUAAUAAUAAUGACAAUAAUAAUAAUAAUGACAAUAAUAAUAAUAAUGACAAUAAUAAUAAUAAUAAUGACAAUAAUAAUAAAAAAAAUGAAUACAAAACUUAUUACGAAAAAAUUAAAGAACUAAAAUCUAAUGUGUUCAUUAAAGAAUAUAAGAAUUCUGAAAAGUUUAUAAAAAAGAAGAUCUUAAAAUAUAUAUGUAAAAAUGAGAUAAUAGAAAAUGUGAGUAACGUUUUUAAUUAUGUUAAAAAUAUAUAUUUCGUUAUUAUAAAAAAUGAGAAAAUGAUGUUUUAUUUUUUAUAUAAUACAAAAGAUGUAUUAAAUAAUAUUAUAUAUAUGGAAAACGAAAAUGAAGUAAGUUAUAAUGAUAGUAAAUUUCUGUUAUAUUUUUUAUUAAAUGAAGAAGAAAUAUAUAAAAAAUUAUUUGAAAAAUUAAAUUUGGAUAUUGAAAAAGAAAGAUUAAUAUCUAAAUUAAAAAAAAUAAAUCAUAAAUUUAAUGAAUUAAAAUAUGAUUUUGAGAAAAACCUACAUAAAAAUAAUAUACAUCAAAUAUAUUUUAUGAAGAAAAGAAAAAUAUUUAUUAAUAAUAUGAAAGGAGUACAAUUUAAUAAAAAUGCAUUUAAUACAUCUGGUGCUGCUACAACUAUAUCAGGAUUAAAAAUGGUAUCCUUAAAAAAUGUAAUUCCUAAAUUAUAUAAUUGUAAAGAUUAUAAAAGAACGAAUCAUUUCUUUUUUAAUAUGUAUGAAAAUAUCUCAAAGGAAAAUAAUGGUAUGGAUAAUGUAAAUGACAUUAAUAAGAAAAAUAUUAAUCAUCAAAAUAUUGGAAAGAAAGAUGAAGAAAAAUAUUUGCCUCCUGAAGAGCAAGUCAAAAAAAGAAAAAAGAAAACCACACAACAAAAUAACAAAAAGAAUAAUAUGAAAAGUAAUAACUUCACUCUUGAUGGAAAUAAUGACCCAAUUGGAAAUAUAAACAAUAAUAAUGUUAAUAAUAAUAUUAUUAUUAAUGAUAACAAUAAUAAUGAUGAUAACAAUAAUGAUGAUGAUAACAAUAAUGAUGAUAAUGACAAUAAUGAUGAUAAUAAUAAUAAUAAUAAAGAAGAAGUAGUAAAAAAACGAGCUAUUAGAGGUAUUACUUCAUUUACCUUAUUUGCUAGAGAAAAAAGAAAAGAAUUACUAGAUCAAAAAAUAUAUCUUGGUAGCUCUUUAACAGAACAAACAUCAGCAGUUGCUAAAAUAUGGAAUAAUCUAAGUGAUGAACAAAAGAAAGAAUGGGCUGUUAAGGCCUCUAAAAUUAAUGAAGAAAACUUUUUAUUACAAAAAAAAAAAAAAAAAAGAAAAUUUACUGCUUUCAGUAUAUUUGCUAGAGAAAAAAGAAAAGAAUAUAAAGAAAAAAAUAUCGAUAUGGGUAUAACCUUAGCACAACAAAAUUCUCAUGUAUCCAAAUUGUGGAAACAGCUAACAGCAGAAGAAAAAAAUAAAUAUAAAGUCUUAUCAAAUACAGUUAAUGCUACUAUAGCUAAAGCUUAUAGUAAAAGUGAAUUAAGUGGAAGAACAGGAGAAAGAGGUAGUGGUUUCAAGGGAAGAAUCAAAGCAUUAGAUAAUAUGAUGAGUCAGCAUUAUGCAAAUAAUAAUAUUUUAAAUAAUAAUAAUAAUAAUAAUAAUGAUACUGUAAAAAAAAGUAAUAUGAACAAUAUUAAUGUAAAUGAAAAUAUAAAUGUGACCUAUGGAAAAAAUGUAACAAACGUAGAGAAUAUAGGAAAUGUACAGAAUAUGCAAAAUAUUCAAAAUGUUCAAAAUAUUCAAAAUAUUCAAAAUGUUCAAAAUAUUCAAAAUGUUCAAAAUAUUCAAAAUGUUCAAAAUAUUCAAAAUGUUCAAAAUAUUCAAAAUAUGCAAAAUAUACAAAACAUGCAAAAUAUACCAAAUGGUCAUAUCAAUAAUAACCAUAUUUCUUAUGGUGCUAAUUCUAAUGUAUCCACGAUGCAUCAUACGAACAAUACAAAUAUGGCUCAUCUAAAUUAUAAUUAUUAUAAUCAAACUAAUAUAGGAAAUAAUAACACAUAUCAGGAUAAUAAUACUACACUUCCUAAUAAUCAUAACACUUAUACUAUGAAUAUGUCUGUCCCAGCUAACCAAAAUAUAACUGAUAAGCCAACUAUGGAUCUUAUACCAACAAUGAAUACACUACACACAUAUGCAAGUAAUUUUAAUGGAAAUAUGUGUAAUGCGUCAACAAAUGUAAUUAACAACAACAUAAAUAUUAAUAGUAUUAAUAGUAUUAAUAAUGUGAAUAGUAUGAAUAGUAUGAAUAAUAUCAAUAAUAUAAACAAUAUCAAUAAUAUAAACAAUAUCAAUAUUAUCAAUAAUAAUCAUAAUAGUAGUAGUAGUAGCAGUGCCAUUGCUCCUCCAUGCGAUAUCAUGACCGAUGAUCAUCUGAACAGUGCAGCUACAACCACGGGUACAAUAUCUACUACAUACAAUGGCAUGGCCACAAAUAAUAUGAAUAAUAAAAAUACCAACCAAGUAAUGAUUAUGAUGGUAAAUAAAGAAUUAAAUCAAAUAAAUGUAAAGAAUAAUAAUUCAAAUGUAGAUAUGCACCAAUUAAAGGGAGAUAAUAAUAUGAACAAUAAUAAUAUUAUGAGGGACAAUAAUUUAGUUAAUGGAGAUAUCCUUAAUAAUCAAAGUGUAAAUAAUAACAUAAAUUUUAAUACAUUCCAAAUGAAUUAUAAAAAUGUAGAACAUAAUACACAUAUGAAUAAUGAAGCAUAUCAAAAAAUAGAUGUAUCACAAGUAGAUGAUUUGAUGUUAAAAAAAAAAUUAAAAAAAGAUGAAAAAAUAAAAGUAAAAGAAAAAAAAAAUAUAUUAAGGAUAUUUGAUAAGCAAAGAAAGCAAUUAAUACAAGAUGAAAAAAAAAUGGAUAAAAUUAAAAUAAAUGAAAAUCAGUACAAUAAUACAACUUUAUAUUAUCCCCCGACACAUUUAAUGAAUAAUAAUAUAAAUAAUAAUAUAAAUAAUAACCAGUAUGAUAUAUCAACAAAUCAAUAUAUAAAUGAACCCCACGCAAAUCAUAUGAAUUAUUAUAAUAAUGUAGAUAAUAAAAUGGUAACUACUAAUGUAACAAAUAAUAUGAUGAAUUUUAAUAAUAGCAAAAAUGUUCAUAUGGCAAAUAUCAAUAUGGGGAAUAUUCAAAUGGGAACAAUUAAUAACAUUGACAAUGUUAAUAAUGUGAACCAUAUUAAUAAUAUGAACAAUGGAAAUAACUUAAAUUAUAACAAUCAUUAUGUUCCUUAUAAUCAUAUAAAUCAAGUUGUAGUUACAAGAAAAGAAAAAAAUAUACAAAUGAAUAACAAUAAUAAUAAUAUUAAUAAUAAUAAUAAUAUGUUUGUGAAUAAUAAUAAAAAUGCUCCUAUGAAUAAUUACCAUAAAUACCAACAGGACAAUAUGAACAACAACAUAAUAAAAAAUGACCAAGGCAAUAACAAUAUGAACAAUUAUAAUAAUUAUCCAUAUAACAACAUAUAUUUUAAUGGAACCGUGAACCAUGGAAAAAUGCCACCCAUACAAAAUGGGAAUGUUAUAAAGCAUAUGGAAGAAAAAGAAAUAAAUAUAAAUCUUAAUGUACAAACAAAAAAAUUAGAAAAAAAAAAUAUUAACAAAAUAAUGAAUAUGAAUGAAGAGACAGUAUAUAAAAAUAAUAAUGAAAUAAAUUAUAUACAAAAAAAUAAUGUCCAUUAUAAUCAAAUGAGUGAUAAUAAUAUGAACAAUAAAACGAUACAUGCUCAUCAUAUACAUAAGGACAAUAUGAAUAAUAUAAACAAUAUGAAUAAUAUAAACAAUAUAAACAAUAUGAAUAACAUAAAUAAUAUGAAUAAACAUUUUGAUUCACAUGUGUUGAAAAAAAGAGCUGGUGAUAUAAAUCCAAAUGAUGGGAAUUAUUUUAAUGAGAAAUUCAAAAUACAAAAUUCUUUAAAUGAUGAUUUUUUUGAUUUUACUACUACAAAUAAUAAUUGUGAAACCAUACAUAGUACAACAACUCAAGAAAAUAUUAAUUUAAAUAAUACUAUAAAUAAUGAUUUAAAUAUGGAUAUUAAUUCUAAUCAUAAUAUGAAUUACACAAAUAAUGAGCUUAACAAGAAUAACACAUAUUACUACCCUUAUAAUAAAAAUAAUAUGAAUAAUAAUAAUAUUAAUAAUAAUGAUAAUAAUUAUGCUACCUUAGUGAAUACCAAAAAUCUCAUAUAUUAUCCUGAACAGAAUUUUUCUCAGAAUAUUGGAAAAGACAAUCAACAUAUUUAUUAUGAUACGGAUUUGGAUAAGCCGGAAAGAACUUUUCAAGAUACCGAAAUAGUUAGACCUCAAAACAAAUUUUUUUAUAACAAUCCAUCACAUUUUUUAGAAUUAGUUAAUAAUAAAAUAAUAAAAAAGAAGAAAAAUCCCAAAUCGUCUUUAAGUAAUGUUUUUAAUGAAGAAACAUGCACCAUUUGGGACCUUGUCAUGAAGAACAAAAAAAAAAAAAUUAAGAAAAAAAGGGACAAGAAAAGAGAAAGGGAAGGAUGUGGUAAUGAUAAUGAUAAUGAAUUUAAUGAAAUGAGAAAUAUUGAAAAUGAUUAUAAUAAUUUUGAUUUGAUGAUGUUGAAUAAUGAUUUGAACGAUUAUUUAAAGGAUACAAAUAGAAAUGAGAAUGAGGAUGAUAUAUUUAAUAGUAUAUUGAAUAAUAUAGACGACAAUAAUAUAUAUAAUAAUAAUAAUAAGCAAAUAGACAUUUUAAAUGAUAACGAUAAUAUUAUUGAGGAAAAUAGAAAAAAUGACAACAUGGAAAAUUUACCUGAGGAUGAUAAUAACAAUUGUGAUGAUUUUUUAAAUUUAUUAAAUAUCGGUUCAUCAAAUUUUUCGAACAAAUUAAAUAUAAAUGAACAUGGUGAUGUUAUUUAUGAUGAAAAAAAAAGAUUUGGUGCAAAUAAUUUAAUAAAUGAAAAUAAUAAUAAUAAUGACAAAUUAGGUUUAUUAAUGGAAAAGAAAAAUGAAAUCAAUCAAAACCUAAAUAAAUCACAAAUUGAAAAAUAUAAUUAUGCAUAUAAAAAAAGUAAAUUGUGUAAAUGGACAGAUGAAGAAACAGAUAAAUUUUAUCAGGCAAUUGAAAUGUUUGGUAUAGAUCUAAUGAUGGUAAGAGCCUUAAUACCAAAAUUUAAUGAUAAACAAAUUAGAGAUAAAUAUAAAAAGGAAAAAAAAUCUAAUCCAUUAAAGAUUGAGCAAGCUAUUAAAAAAAACAGAGAAAUCAAUUUAGAUGCAUACGAAAAUGAGCAUGGAAAAAUUGAUCAUUCGACUCAUUAUAUGUAUUCGGAGUAUUCAUCAAGUGAUGAAAAAAAUGAUAAUAAUAAUAAUAAUGCCAAAACGUUCACAAAUGUAACAGGAGAGUCCGAAAUUAAUAUCCUUACAAUUUUUGAUGACAAAAAUGAAAAUGCUAAUAUUGAUGAUGAAUAUGCUGCAAAUGAAGAACCUUCAGAAUUUAAUGUUUUAACAUUUUUUUAA